ACCAUCUCCAAUUUUCUUGAAUUAACUUCCGGCUUUUAUUCUUUUCAGGACGUCAACGCCAACGACCCGCCUCCUCCUUAGCGUGUAGUCCGAUUGUUUACACAGCAAUCACAAGGGCAGGUAUUACUUGACAAAUGGCGAAAUGUCUCUAAUAAGUCAUGACGACUCCCGUUCCUGUGCCGUCCAAGGCGGCCAUACGAGCCCUCCGAGGGCUUGUCUUCGGCACCACAUGUUCCCUGGCUCUAGUCUUGGAAACUCGUCGACGGAGGAUCAGCACGGUCCAGACAGCCAUACACAAUGGCCAGCGCAUCAAAUCGCAUGAGAGAUACCGCGCCAACGCGGCCGACGCGACCAUUCGCGCCCUCGAAGAGGAGAUAUUGCUACAGAGCUCCCGACCCAACUACUAUCCAGACGACAGCCCCCGAUUGGCACUGUCUCAAUCCGAUCUGCCGUGGGAGGCCAGAGAGCCGCUUUCCAUAGGAUCGCCCCUUGGCAGAGAUUCUGCAAAGACUCCGAUUACUAGAGGCCAUUUGGAGCACCAAGAAUCACCAGAUAGUCGAGACAAGCAGGUAACUGCGGUUCGCACCUUGAAUACCGCAGGCACAGAAUCCAGGAACAAACGGCAACUCCUGGUCGACCACGCACAACUAAAUGAGACGCGCACGCGGCCAGUUUCAAAAGUGAAGUCACGGCCGCGGGCAGCAUUGGGCCCAACGAGGCUCAAAGUCGACCCCAUCAGUACAGCUGCAUUUCGAGUCGACUCGCUUUGUGCAACAGGGAACAAGGACGAUCUCGUGCGAGCCAUGAAUCUUCUAGAUUCUGUAUUCGAUGCGCCGAUGACGAAUCUGGAGCCUCACUUGCAGCAGAUCCUACAGUCUACCGCUACGCUCUCUAGAGCGUUGCAGGAAGCGGGGUCCCUUUCGACUGCCGUAAAGCUGAUGAGUGCCAUUCUUCGUCUACACAGGGUCCACCGUCUUGUUAUAGAUGAGGAGCUUUAUUGGUCUCAUAGCCCGUUGCCGCUUGCGGAAUUCGUGAUGGCACAGGAGGUGCCGCAGUAUGACCUUGCCAUAGAUUUGUUUGCCCCGAAGUUUUCCAAAAAGCCCGGGCCUGCCAACUCGGCCACUGCUUUAGAUGUCCUGAAGACGGGCGAGAAGCUUUUCACCAGGCUUCUAUCCCGGCAAAGCUUCAGGCGCGUGGACAAGGUCCUGAAAAGAAUAAAAUGCUACAGCUGCAUUCCUGGCGGGCAUGAGUCUGAGUUGCGCAUCCUCCGCCAGCUAUCCAAAAGCGGCGAGCGUGUGCGUGCCGUUGAGUUCUUCCUUACCCAAGCUUCUGUCGAUGACAAGAGCCUAAAAUACGGGUCUUGCUUUUUUGAGAUGGGUGACAUGGUCUUUGGCUGUGUAUCCGAUCUGGGCGGCUAUAAGGCCUUUUCGGUCCUGGAGCGUAUGCUCCAAGUGAGACCUCAAAGCCAUCAUAUCAAGGUGGAAUGGGCGACCCAGCUGCUCUACCUUGACUGGCGCGAGCAUGGCCAGCUAGAAAAGCUGGUCAAAGGGUUUGAGGUUCUGGAAGAGAGGCGUUUUCCCGAAGCUGUUGCUCACGCCGAUGCACCGUAUCGAGCCAUGAUCCAAAUCAUGCUAGAAGCUGGUGAUGAGAGCGGUGCCCGGCGGUUCUUCGAGAAGCUCGUUGCCCUGAUGCCAUCAAAAAAGAACGAUGGACGGAUCAACUUGCUGUUUGCCCUCGCCCGAGCAAAGGCUGGCGAUUUCGCUACUAUGCACACAAUGUUAGAGCAAAUAUCCAAGAGCCAAUGGGCAGACUCUACCGACCGCGCGGCAUGUCUCGUCUCAAUCUUGCAGGCCUUCAGCGAGAAACAUACGAUCAAGCAAACGGAAGAGUUCUUGAGAGACCUCUUGGAAAAUUUCCAGGUCAAGCCUUCGACGUACAUGCUGACCUUUAUGGCCAAGCUGUAUGGAGGGGUACGUGAUACCAAGUCUCUGAUAGGCUGGAUCAAGUUCUGCAUCAAUUCGGGCCUGAAACCAGGGCCCCAUUACAGCAACGCGCUGUUGCGCAGCUGCCAUAUGGACUGGAAAUUUCACUUCAUGGAACUGCGGCAGGUUCAUCGUCUUUUGCAACAGCAAGGUCCUGAAUGUACAGACCAAGUCACAGCCAACAUCAUGAGCAAGGCAGCACUUGCGUCUCCUUCGGUUCACAGAAAGGGCACCAUCAGCUUUACUUUGUCAACAAAACACAAGUCAGUCUCUCGCCAGGCGGUACCCGAUCGACACACAAUCGCAAUUGCGAUGGGGAAAUCGAUUGAAAAUAACACACCAAUAAAAGCCAUCAAUUUGUACAAGCAUGCGACAAACAAUGGAAUGCCUCAUUGUCAGAGAUGCCUUCGACUGUUUGUAGAUGCUUCUCUGAACCAUUAUGGGGAGGCUAACAUUCAAGGCACGCUGUUCUAUCUACAACGCGUGCAAGACGAGGCAAAAGUCGACACCAGAGGCGCCAUUUCUCAUAUACUGGCUUGGCAAAUCAAGAACAUAGACCGCGAUCUAGGAUACGAGCACCUAGAGCGUCGCAUCCAAGAGAUGCUGAGAAAGAUGCGUGCCGCGAAGCUCGUCUUGAGCGGGAAAGCUCUCAACGGUGCUGCUAAGCUAUACUCUGAGGCAGGCAACCACCAAGGGGCGAUUGGUUUGGCGUUGAUGGCUGCAGACGAGCAGGGACUCGUGCCAGGUUACUGCGUCACCAACUUUGCGGUCUUACUUGACGGGUAUAUCCAUACUCAUCAACCCGACAUGAUUGCAUGGCUUGUUCAGACAGCUACGGCAUUAGGUCACUGGGACAAGCUCGCCAGGCGAGGCCAAGUUAUUCUCAAGCGAUUGAGGCAUUGGCGAAGUAGGAUUAAGCAGGUUGUCCUCGAAAACCCCGGGUCCAUCUUGAAGAAGGCUCUUGUUCCUCUAGAGGUUGGAAUAGCAGAACUGAAAAGCUGCCGCCGGCGGUUUGAAGAGGAUGAACGGGAACUGAAAGGUAUGGUGCUGGAUAUUCUCAAACAUGCUGCCCUGCAAGCAGAAAACGACUCGCUCGGCCGGUUUCAGGGGGUCGAAAAGGUAAAGCUCGCCGUCUGCCCCGGCGACGUGACGGCGACGACGGGAAUGGAUGGCACCAAGCACCAAGCUGAAGGCAUUGCAGAAUCUGGUUGACAGAUUAGAUUAGGAUCAAGGAUCAAGAUGCUGAAACUGGCGAGUAGCUGACGCCAUGACAUAGAGUCGACGCGUCUGGGUGGUCAGGCUGUACAUUUGAUGUAAUUAAACAAUAUGCAAACAUGUAGGAUGACAUAUGUACCACAUCUAGGAAGGUGUCGAUCGUCCACAUUUCUUCGAUUGUAACCUGUGAAAGGGCGGGACCGCGCGGGA